AACACGCGCAGCAGCGACGCCGGCGCCUCCGAAACCGCACCGCACCAGAUGCCCGCUCUGUUGCCGUUCACAUAGGCUGCAGCAUUGCUCUAUUUUCAAGGGAAUGUUACCCGUACAACGUCAGAAGGUGGCACAGGCACAUGGGCAUUGUUUAAACUGCUUGGCCCAGUCACACGCCACGCUUGAAUGCGAAUCUGAUACCUUGUGCCGGUUGUGUGAAAGACCGCAUCAUACGUUACUCCACCGGAACGCCGGACAUCCUGGCUCACCCACUGUCCUCCGCCGCCGUACGGCCAUCCGACGAUCGCAGUCUAACCGUGUGGCACGGCAUCCAGAAGCUGGAUGGUCCUGGCGCCCCCUCAAUACGACAUCCACGCGAAACCAAAUAAGGCCACAACCUCACCGCCCCACCGGCCUGAGCGGCGUUGUAGCUACGUUACAGGCACUACAGCGUCUACUAGGCUAGUACUCGCCUAGGGGGGUCGGGAUGUUGAGAUGAACUAUAACUAAAGGGCAUCACUGAUCAGUGAAUACAACACUCUCCACAUCAACAUGUUAAGUAGAAAAAAACAGGGCAUCAAUGACCAGUGAAUACAACACUCUCCACAUCAACAUGUUAAUUAGGGCAUCAUUGGUCAUCUCCACACCAAACUGUUUUUGUUCCAUUUUUCAUCUUAUACCAACGAGAAGGUGACGCUGUGCCGUUUUUUUGGUUCUACAUUCUUCUAGAAGUCACGUUCGCCGCUGCACGCAUCGUCUAUUCGCAAUCGUCUAUUUAAAAAACCGUCCAUUUUAACAUUCUAGAAAGUUCGCAUCGACACAUCAAUUAUAUACACCGUUUACGUUUCUCCGACCUCCAUCCCGUGCGUCCACCAGCGGUCCAGCAGGCAACUUGCCCGCAACGUCUAUUUGAACAUUUUUCCUGAACGUUGCAUCCUUUGCAUCAUCCGGUCAUUAUAUAUCGAGAUUAUUCGUUUUAUUCGGCUUUCAUCAUUCAGUUUAUAUAUUUAACUUUGGCUUAAUAACAUUUAACUUUUAAUAUCGCUAUAUGCGAUAGUAAUUGGUGUAGUGUGCCUAUUUGCAUCAAAGAAGCGUAAAGUGUAAAAAUAUUUAUUUAUAAGAAAACAUUGUACAAUUUGCAAUUGAAGUGAUAAGUAAUAAAGCUUAUAUAGCUCAACAAGAGCGCAAAAAGAAAUUUUGAAUUUUAAAAGUUGGAAGUGAUAUUUGAAAGUUCGGUGAAGACGGUGAAGAAGCGAGAUUUGAAAUAAUAAGUAAUUCGUAAAGAAAUAAAGAAAUAAAGAAAGAGGAAACCGAAUUCUUCUGUAGCUUUAUCAAAAGACAGCCGAUUGGACAUGACGGAUCACUGGACUACAAUGGAGAAAAAAGGCAGAUGUAAGUAUCCAAAUUGUUCGGGACAAACAAAAAUGUUUUGUUCUAAAUGUAAAGUAAAUUUAUGUAUGACAUCAGAAAAAAAUUGCUUUUAUAAUUAUCACCAUUUUUAAGAUAUAAUAAGGGUAUUCGUUUAAAUGUGUAAAAGCCCCGUAAACCUCUUAAACCGUGUAUAUUUACGAACGCGUAAAAAUCUGGCAGCAAUUUAUAUGGAAAUUCAUUUAAACACAUUACGCACCAAUGUCAGUGUGUAAAGAACGCUUGUAAAUUUACGUUAUUGCAAAAGCAACCCUUCCAAACGACCAGCUGAUGAAUAUUAUUGUGAAAAUUAAAAUGGAAAAGGAUAAAAAGUUAAAGCAAAAGCGCCUACGGCUGAAACCGUCAGUAUCCGACGCAAUUAAAGAUAGUCCAGAAUCUUUUGAGAAACCGACCUCUCAAAGGUUUUACGAAAAAUUGAAGCAAAAUACACCGGCACUUCAAUCUGUCCUUUGCGUAGCUAUGAAAAGCAAAAUGAGGUAUCUCAAAGCGGUGUACGUUACCGCGGCAGCCUGGAAAAACAAAACUGGGUCUGGACUACUCGCUAAUGGUGACGAGUCAAGCGUAUCAGCGCAUGUCAACAAAACUUUGACUUACUGGGAGUUAUCUUCGGACAACGCAAAAAUGUAAAUCCCGGAGUAAUUUUUGAAAGCACUGACAGCAUUGAUGUACUGACU